UGGACACGCACGGACUAUCUAUUCAAUUUGGACUUGAUGUUCAUUUCAAUUUGAACUGUAAGGCAAGAACGCCACUGCCUGUGACGGCGCGACAGUUCACUUUCAGUACUCCAGCAGUAACCUCUCUACUAAUUGAACACAUUCUUUCACGUUAACAAAUUUUCUUUAAUUGAAGUUCGUGCUAAGAUAUCGUGAGCCUCCGCGACAAUUACUUUGAUACCGAUCUAUCAUACUAUUUGCCGACGGGACUAAUGAAGCCUCCAGUGUGCCGUGAGCGCGAGUGGAUGAUAAAAUUGAAAUGAGAGUUUCGUAAUCGCGCUUGGGUGUGCCUGUGAUUAACAUGAGUCCCGUUUACGCCAUACAUAAAAUUGGGCUGAACAGUAUGGGGCCGGCCGUCAGCGAGGUUAACACUCGCACGGGAUGGGUGCGUCGGCAACUGUCCCGCGUGGCUCGGAGCCUGCGCUACCGGAUCAGCGGUGAGGGCCGCACGAAGCCCCCAGACUGGUUCCUGGAUAAGUUUGCAGCUCAGACCUUCACGGACCCUGAAGAACCGUUGUAUCAAGCUAAAAGGUCGAAAUGGCUUUGCGGUUUAAAGCUUGCGUUCGAUCCGACUUUGCCCGCGCAUUAUCAUUGGCUGGCAGUCGUAUCCCUGGCGAUACUGUACAAUGUGGUUUUCGUCAUUGGCCGCGCGGUGUUCUGGGAUUUAGAUAACCUCACAUCGAUCUGGUACUUCCUGGAUUAUUUGUGCGACGCUAUUUACCUCGUGGACACGAUCAUUCACAUUCAUGAAGGUUAUCUUGAACAGGGACUCAUGGUAAAGGAUGCCAAAGUGUUAAGACGUCACUAUCUGAAGUCUGACUCGUGGCGCUACGACAUGAUAUCUUUAUUGCCCACUGACAUAGCUUACUAUUGGUGGAGGCCCGGAUCCUGUGACGAUAAACGUUUGCCCUGCCCUGUUAUUGUACGACUGAAUCGACUGUUUCGCUUGCCCCGCAUGUGGGAGUGGUUCGAUCGCACCGAGACCGCCACGAGUUAUCCGAACGCGUUUAGAAUAUGCAAGGUCGUAAUGGCGAUUCUUGUCCUGAUCCACUGGAAUGCCUGUCUAUAUUUCGCCAUCAGCUAUGCUAUUGGUUUUGGUACUGAUAACUGGGUUUACAACUUAACGGGCUCUCGUAAUGAGUCACUCGCACAUCAGUACAUUUACAGCUUUUACUGGUCUACUUUGACGCUCACUACCAUCGGAGAAACACCGCAGCCGGAAAUCGACGCCGAAUACUUGUUCGUCGUCGCUGACUUUUUGGCCGGAGUUCUAAUUUUCGCCACGAUCGUGGGUAAUAUCGGUUCAAUGAUAUCCAACAUGAACGUAGCGCGUGUCGAAUUUCAAAACAAAAUGGAUGGAGUUAAACAAUACAUGGCGUUCAGAAAAGUAAGCGGUGAACUGGAAGCAAGAGUGAUACGAUGGUUCGCGUACACUUGGGCUCAAAGCGGCGCGCUGGACGAAGAAAAUGUAUUGUCAUCAUUACCGGAUAAAUUGAAAGCGGAAAUUGCUAUUCGGGUUCACUUGGAUACGUUACGUAAAGUGAGAAUAUUUCAAGAUUGCGAGCCAGGAUUAUUGGAAGCUUUAGUGCUCAAGUUAAGACUGCAAGUAUUCAGUCCAGGAGAUUAUAUUUGCCGGAAGGGAGAUGUCGGUAAAGAAAUGUACAUCGUUAAAAGAGGAAGAUUGCAAGUUGUAGCAGACGAUGGAAAAACAGUUUUAGCUACAUUGAGUGCUGGCUCUGUGUUUGGCGAAGUCAGCGUUUUAGAAAUUGCUGGUAAUCGUACAGGCAACCGACGAACCGCCAACGUACGUGCUCUCGGCUACUCUGAUUUGUUUUGCUUGGCAAAACGAGACCUUUGGGAAGCACUAGGCGACUAUCCAGACGCAAGGGCUACACUCACUGAACGUGGCUGUCAACUACUGAGAAAGGACGGACUGCUGGACGAGUCAAUAUUUGAAAGUGCACAAACUACUCAACAAAGCUUAGAAGAUACCGUACACAAGUUAGAAAGUACAAUGGAAAUACUUAACAACCGAUUGCAAGGGCUCUUGUCAGAUGUCGGAGAGGAACAAGUGAAAAUAAAGCAAAGAAUCCACAAAAUCGAAGCAAGAGUCCUGGAUGAUGAUGACGAAGAUGAGACAGAAUCGGACGAUCUUACGUCCACUGACGCUUCGGAGUUGAGGAGUGAAAUGGCACGCGUUUGCGACGCGUCAGCGUAUAGCGAUGCGCAAAUAAGUUCGCCUCACGACACUUCCAUGCUAUUACUCAGUCACCCAAUCUUAGUACGUGAGAGAGGUCACUCUCUAAGCGUAGAAAGGACACCAGGUCUGCUGCAUGUUGCUCCUGAACCUCGCAGCAAAUCUCUCCGUUUGAAACGUGCCAACUAUGACACAUCAAAGUGAAUUAAUGGUUUAGUAAUUUGAAAGAAUGAAUAAUAAUUUGGCGAGAGCUCUCAACUAUUUUUGAUACUAAGAGAGGGUUAUACAAAAAGGGCACUUAAACACUUGAGGAUCAAAAAUAGAACAAAAUUUAUCGUGAUCUAAUGGCGAAGAGAAUAUAAAAGGAUGGAUAAACUAAUAUUUACUUCCUGUUAGCAAGCGUAGAAAUAAAUGUCUCUUUCAUAAUUCAUUAAAGAUUCCAAAAUACUAUACUAUACGUGUUGGUAUCCAUAAAUUAUCGUAAUAACUAAAAUCGAUAUUCUAUUUGAAAGCUCAUAUUAAACUCUCAACUCGUUUCAAACAUUAUAGAUCUAGAUACUUAGCAGCUUAGUGUAAUAACGGGUUAUUAUGAGACUAGAGUAAAUCUGUAUAAUUUAGUUUGAAUGUUUACUUGAUAAAACUACACUAGCGUCAAUGGAAAGUUGCUUUAAGAUGGCAAACAUUUUUAAAAAAUGUUUUGUGCGCAUGUUCGGCAGUCAUUGACUUUUAUAAUGACUUUACUGAUGUUUGAUAUAUAACUGUUUAUGUAGUUCUUGUGCGUAUAAUAUUUAUAUAUAAGAAAUAGUGUCUACGUAACGUACAGUUUAGAUAUAGUUUUGGAAUAUUUUUUUUACUUGUCAGAUAACGGUUGAUAACUUUGAUAUUCUCUAUAGAAAAUGUAUCAAAAUUACAAAGUUAUUUAUUUUUUAGAAUAACUGACGAUCUUAAAAUUAGCUUAGUCCCUAUAAUAUAAAAAAUAUAAACUAUAACUUUACGACAUACUCUAUAUAUUUCGAUAUACUCACCGGCCUAAUUAAUUGUCACCUAACAUUGCAUAUUUUAUAAUUUACAAUUUAUGUAACAUUUAAAAUAAUUUUAUUAUCGCUAUCUAAUCAUAAUUAAUUUAUCCCAUCUAGUUCCAUUAAACAGCGGAUUGACAUAAUUUUUAUAAAAUGCUGAAUAAUAUUAUCUAGUUGGAGUUACCUAAGAAUUUGUAAAUCAUAAAAUGUAAUUAUUAUAUUUAUCAAUACUAAAUGUAAACCUUUAAUCAGUGUCAAUGAUCAUAACAUUUACUCUCAAUGAACGUUUGACAAACAAUACAUGAUAUCAUCAAUGACGUUUGAGAAAUAUUUUACACUUUAGAGCAUCCUAUUUCGUAUAACUUUGGAUAAGAGAAGUCUCUAUCUUUAUAAUUUGCAAAAUAAAUUAAAAGGCGUUGUAAUACAUUCGUCACCCAAUAGUAUGUUCUUGGAACAUAAUAAACAUAAUAUACAGUUAUUAAAUUUAACAAGUAUCUAAAUAUUUUUAACAAAAG